GAUCUUGUUUGAGAUAUUGUGACGGCUAACAGUGACGGAUAGUGAAUAAUUGUACUUCUUGAAGUUUUGAACUAGCCAAAAGUUUUUCUAUAUUAAAAAAGGUGUACAUUAGAAAAUUUCUCCAGUAUUAAGACAUUUUAUAGUUUUUGUUAUAGUUAACUUCAAGAACUUUAUUUCAUUUUAGCAAAGGAAUGUGACGAAUCUAUUAUGUUCCGCUCUUAAUCAAAGCAGGGCACAAUGGCUUCCCCGGAGGAUGAUGAAGUGAUUCGUAAGGCUUUUAUGGUUAAAAGAUCACAAAAUAAGAAAAUAUUCACCCCAGUUAAUUACAAGGAAAGAUGGUUUAUACUGACUAGAAAAUACCUCAUAUAUUAUGAUUCCGAUGGACAGAAGCGUAAAGAACGAGGUCGUAUACUAACAGAGGCUAUUCACACUGUGGAACAGGCACAGCUUGGAGAGCUCAGCAAGCAAAUACUGGACGGAGACAACGAGAAGAGCCCCUACAGGUACCCCUUUCAGGUCGGUUAUUCGGAACAGAAUUCGGAUUAUACUUUGUACCUCGCUGCCAAGGAGCACAGCGAGAGAUUGGACUGGAUACAUGCUAUAAGGACGGUGUGUGUAUCCAACACUCGUCGUGCCCGCUACCACCCAGCGGUGUGGUCAGCUCGUCGCUGGUGGUGUUGUGACGCUGAACGUAAGACAGCCCCCGGGUGCUCCCUCGCCUCCCUCUGGCCGCUGCCGGAGCCCGACUUGGAACUUAUACUCCAAGAGCAUAACAAUAAAGACAACGGAUUAGCUGUGACAGCGGCUGUCACGAUGCCAGGGGGUGGAGGGCCGCCUCCGGGUACACCAUCAGCGAAACCAAAGGAUAAGCAAAGGACGAAAGUCGUGGUAGCAUUGUACCCUUUUAAAGCGAUCGAAAGCGGCGACCUCUCCUUGGAAAAGGGCGCGGAAUACGAAGUUAUAGAUGACUCUCAGGAACACUGGUGGAAGGUGAAAGAUGAGCACGGCUGUGUGGGAUACAUUCCGAGCAACUACGUCAAGGAAAAGGAAACUAUAGGAUUACAAAAAUACGAAUGGUAUGUGGGCGAGAUGUCCCGCCAGAGGGCAGAGUCGCUGCUCAAACAAGAGGACAAGGAAGGCUGCUUUGUUGUACGGAACUCGUCAACUAAGGGCAUGUACACACUGUCGCUGUAUACUAAAGUAAAUCACCCUCAAACCAAGCACUACCACAUCAAACAGAAUGCUCGCGGUGAAUUCUAUCUGUCAGACAAGCACUGUUGUUCAAGCAUUCCGGAGCUCAUUAACUACCACAAACACAACAGUGGGGGGCUCUGCUCAAGACUCAAGGCCACACCCUGCGAUCGACCAGCACCACCCACUGCUGGACUGUCGCACGAUAAAUGGGAGAUAGAUCCUGUAGAGCUGGUUCUGCUCGAGGAGUUGGGUGCUGGCCAGUUCGGUGUGGUCCGUCGUGGCAGGUGGCGCGGUACCAAAGACACCGCCGUCAAAAUGAUGAAGGAGGGCACUAUGUCGGAGGACGACUUCAUUGACGAAGCAAAGGUUAUGACUAAGCUGCAACAUCAGAACCUCGUUCAGUUGUACGGGGUGUGUUCCAAACAUCGUCCUAUAUAUAUUGUGACGGAGUACAUGAAGCACGGCUCGCUGUUCAAUUACCUCCGUCGAACAUCCGCAGACCAGCUCGGACCGGCGGUGCUCUUGGACAUGUGUAUACAGGUUUCCAAAGGAAUGGCUUAUCUGGAGAGACAGAACUACAUUCACAGAGAUCUGGCUGCUAGAAAUUGUUUGGUUGGAGAUGAAAAUGUCGUGAAGGUCGCUGAUUUUGGUCUCGCUCGAUACGUGCUAGACGAUCAAUAUACUAGUUCUGGUGGUACCAAAUUUCCAAUAAAAUGGGCUCCACCUGAAGUACUCAACUACACGAGAUUUUCAUCCAAAUCUGAUGUAUGGGCCUUCGGUGUCUUGAUGUGGGAGGUAUUCACGUGUGGUAAGGUUCCGUACGGCAGAAUGAAGAAUAGCGAAGUUGUAGAAAUGGUUCAAAGGGGCCAGGUGUUGGAGAAACCAAAGGGAUGCCUCAACGAGAUAUACAAUGUAAUGAAAGCUUGCUGGCGUCAUGCGCCAGAAGAUCGGCCAUCUUUCCGGAUAUUAAAAGAGGAGCUGGCGGUGGUAGCGCAGAAGGUGGUAGCUGAUUGACUGCGCCUGCUGCUGCUGUUGCUGCGGUCACCUGCACCCACGCCCGCCCACUCCCCCUACCAACCUAAUACAACCACCACCACCAUCCCUACCACUCCUACCACCCUACCGCGCUCUAGACGCGACACCUCACCUGUCUGACUGCUCCAGCGCAGCUAAGUGCCCGAGAGAUAUCUCAUAAUAUAUUCAUAGAUGUACAGUGUAGUAGAAAUGUACAGUGGCGACGCAGAUUAAAAGAUAUGUGGAAGCUCAAUGCAAAGAAGUCUGUGAUAAAAAUCGAUACAAUCGUUGCGGUACAUAUUUAAGUACAUAAAAAUUUGUUGGCACACGCCGCGUAGUACUAUUUUAUUAUCAUUUCGUAGGUCGGAGAACGUAGCUAGGUAGAUAUAUGUCAAACGGUGAAGUCUGCGUCGCGUUAGAACAGUCGCUCUACCACAAGAUUGCAGCGACUAACUAAUUAUGUAGCGUUUUCAGAUUUUUCGUUCAUUAUGUAAAAUCAUUGCUAUUAACAUGUGCCGAGUGUUCUGAAUGAAAAAAUUGGAAAUAUUACGUAAUUAGUUUCCUGAAUCAACUUGUUGUAGGGUACUCGUAUAUGAUAUUAAUCGGUAUUACAUGUCAUAGACAAAGCAGUAGUGAUUGAUAUGAAAUCUCACAAUUAAAGUAGGAUGAUUCAAUUCAUUGUAGUGAUUAACCAUCAAGUAUCAUAAUGAAAAUGAUUACCAAAUCUCGAUUAUUUAGCUUGUAAAUAUGAAAUCUAGUAUUUUUGCUUAAUAGGAAGUUUGAUAUAUAUAAAACUAUGAUAAAUUUCUUAAUACCUGACAUUGUACAUGUAAGGACAAGAGUUAUAGGAAAAGGUGAAGAAUUUAACAAUAAAAGCAAUGAUAUUCCUGAUAAUAUUCAUCAUAUAUUAUUAAUAUCAUCAAACAUUUGACAGAUUUCAUUUAAAAUCAAGUAUUAUUAAUAUUAGUCAAUUUAUUCUAAUAUUAAAAUUAAAUUAUCUAUAAAUUCAUCCCAACAUCGAGUUAAGGCCAAACUGAUUAUUUUAAAAAAUAAGUUAAGAAUAAAAUAAAUAUCUGACAUUCCAUAAAAACAAUUCACAAAAGUUAUUACAAUUAUAUUAAUAAAUUUGAUCACUGCAUUCUCACAUAAAAUAAUCAUAGGAGCAAAUAUUUGAUAUGACCAUUAUCAGCAUUUCAAGUUAUUAAUAUUUAAUUAUUAUACGAAAUAUAAAAUUAAAUUCUGAACUAAACUUUAAUCUCCAUGUUUAACUUACCAAGGAGUUAGUUAUGCAUGCAGAAAAUAAAUUAAAUGAUAUUAUGUAUAAAAUAUUUUAUUUUGUAUAAUAGUAUAAUUUAAAAAAGUACUGUCCACUGAAAGAAAGCAACUGCAAUUUUUUUUUUUAUAGAAUUGCUUUAACAA